AAUACAUCCCACCUUUAUAAGUACAACAUCACGAAUGUGUGGGUUGAUGUGCAUGUAUUAACAGCAUAUCGCAUCAAUCCUGUAGAUUUUUAGUUCUACGUAUUCAUUCAUUCAUUCGGUAUAAUUUCAUAGAUGUAAAUGUUUUGUUUGUCAUUGUCACUUUCAAACCCACAUAUUUCUUGUGUUGUGUUUAGAGGAGCUGCUAUCGAUCCAAACAAACAACUCUUUCUUCAAUUCUCAACGUCAUAUUGCAGUAAUGGCGACCCAUACUGCCAUGGCUCAAGGCAGCAAUGCCUCAGUACGCAGCUCUUUUGAGCAGCGUAUUGGUAUCCUUCAUUACGUAUCGCAGAAGGAGCACGGUUGGCAUGGCCAAAUUCGCACAAGAUUCACCGACUUUCAAGUCCACGAAAUCAGUAGCGAUGGAGAGGUCAUUCACCUUCAUGACUUCCAGACGAACGCAAGAGGAUUGGCAAAAACCGAGACUUCACGCCAAUCAACGGCUAACACCCAGGUCCCCCAGGCAGACUUUCCAAAGAAGGAUACAACUGCAGUCGCUACCACCGACGAGGGAAACCACGAAUCUCAACCUCGGGGUGGUUCAGAGCAGCCAAAAGAAGAGGGAGGUUCAACUGGCUUAUCACAGGCUGAUCAGACAAUUUUGACCGAUCUUUUAGGUCAAAAGACUACUGAAGAGUUGAUUGACCUAUAUAGCAUAGCCAAGCGAGACAAGAGGUCGCAACCCGACGUCCUUCCCGUUGUGAAGAUUGCAGCAAUAUCGGACAAAGCUCAGAGGUCCAAGGUCCAUUCGGAAAUUCGCCGUGUAUUUGACGGCAAAAUCGAUACCAGCACCGAGAGCGAUGGCUCUAUUAAGGCAGUUAUCGUCCGAAGAAGUAAUCAACAAUGGGGCAACCGCUCCAGAAACGAGAGGUCCAGAAACAAUGGACAAGGUGCCGGCCAGGCCCAGGAUGGCAAAUUCUUGCAUUUCACACUCUACAAGGAGAAUCGAGAUACCAUGGAAGCUAUCAACCAAAUCGCUCGCAUCCUAAAUCUCAAGCCUAGCUUCUUCGGUACGGCUGGCACCAAGGAUCGCCGCGCUGUAACGACACAACGUGUCAGUAUGCGAAGACGAAACCCUCAGUCAUUGGUUUUUCUAAACAAUGACAAGAUAUAUGGCGUCAAAAUUGGGGAUUUUAAGUUUGAGCAUCAAGCAAUUCACCUAGGACAACACCAGGGAAAUGAAUUUGUCAUUGUUGUCAAAAACUGCCACUUUAGCGACACCGAGGAUCUGACAUUCGAGCAAAAACUCGAUGUCGCAAAGUCCACUAUAGACUCGGCCCUAGAGCAGGUUAACAAGAAUGGUUUCAUCAAUUAUUAUGGCACUCAGCGAUUCGGCACACACCAAAUUGGAACUCAAGAAGUCGGAAUGAAGAUUCUCAAACAGGAUUUUGAGGGCGCUGUGCAAGCGUUGCUAUCCUUUAACCCGAACUUACUGGAAACUUCCGACCCAAGUUCUAUCGGGGCGAAUCAUCGUGAGGAUGCUGCCCGCGCACGAGCCUGCUCAAUCUUCCUAGAUACUGGAGAUGCUCAAGAGGCAUCGAAACACCUUCCCCGAAGAUGCCACGUCGAGUCUACAUUGUUCCGUCACCUUGGUCGCCAGCCUAAGGAUUUCCUUGGGGCGCUUCUUUCGAUCAACCGAGGGAUGCGUACGAUGUACGUUCACGCCUACCAGUCGUUAGUGUGGAACUUCGCAGCGAGCAAGCGUUGGGAACGUUUCGGUAUGCAAUUGGCUGAGGGUGAUCUAGUUCUGAUUGAAACCGGAUCUUCCACCUCAAAAGGUGAUCUUCAGAACACAAAUGACGAAGAAACAAUUCACCUUGUAGAUGGAGAGUCCACCGCCGAGGAAGCACAUGGACUUAAAGCACACGCGUUGACGGAGGAAGAUGUUCGCAGUGGAAAAUAUUCCAUCUUUGACGUCGUAUUACCUACUCCUGGUUGGGACGUUGUGUACCCCGGCAACGAGAUUGCACAAUUUUACACAGAGUUCAUGGCGAGAGAAGAGAAUGGAGGUCUAGAUCCUCGGGAUAUGCUCCGUCAUCAGAGGGACUUUAGCCUUCCCGGUUCCUACCGCAAGCUAAUGGGCAAAUUCAUCGGUGUUCCUAGCGCUUCCGUCCGAGCUUACACAAACGACACGCAGCAAUUAGUACCAACUGACCUUGAUCUUAUACGAUCUCGCAAGGCCAAGGAAACAUCAGAACAGGCAGCCGCUCGUCGAGAAAUAAAAGCUGGACCCGCAGCUUGGCAAGGGUUUGUUGACAACGUACAAGAGAACGAGCUUCAGGCGUCUCGUGCUAAGAUUGAGAGACGAAAAGCCGAGUCUUCUAACGUUGUAGAAUGUCAAGCGAGGGACACCUGGGUUCAGACUUCAGUCGACGGAAGCAACAAACGAAUCAAAGUUUCUAAGCAAACCGACGUGAUAAAGUUGGUAGACGAGAAUAAGAAUGAAGCCCCGCAAGAACAAACAGAUGAGAUGCAGGUGGACGAAGGUGCAACUGAUCAACCCAAAGCGUCCGAAGAGAUGCAGUCGACAAACCAAGGCGGUCGAGAUCCUGCCCUUUUGCCUUCUACCCUUACAUCACAGGUGCGGACUAUCGCAGAGAAUACCAUUGAGCUAUUUAUGGCAGCAAUAAGAAUGUUUACUGACAAUGAUAAGAAGGUUGAUGAGGACUCUGUCCAUACCGAAGCGCAACAUAAUGAAGCCGGACCCGAACGCAGAGCGGGUGAUAGCGAACCCACCAAUGGCAAGACAACACCGCCGAUCGAUACCACCGCUAGCGAAAGUGAGACGGCUGCAAAAAUACCCUUCACAGCUACCGACGGCAAGAUCGCAGUGAUCGUUCGAUUCUCGCUAAAUACUAGCCAGUAUGCGACUGUCGUCCUUCGAGAACUACAGGGAUUCACACCUUCGAACGGCCAUUCAAUUGUUCCCGCAUCGUCGGCUUCUCCCAAUGAGGAUGCGAUAGAUUCUUAAAGAAAGAGUUGGCGCCAAGACCUACCUCUUGUCAAUACUAUGUUGAUAUCAUCUAGAAGGGUCCUUCAUUGAUAAGAUCCUAAAGACAUAGGAUUUGCUAAUCUUAUGUCGUAACUCGAGGCAGAAGUCUGUUAGAAGAUUUGCCUACAAAACCGAUGAAAUGUGCUUAAGCAUAUUUCGAGGAACGACUUGAAAGAAAAAGUUUGCUAGGGGUUUGUUGAGGAUUAAGAGAGAUUGUCAUUGUUGUGGAGUGUGACAGAAGGGCUGCUGGUCGUUGUGAGGGUGGUCUCGGAUGGUCAUGGUAAAAUAGACUUGAUACCCAAUUGCUGUAGCUAAUUCACACGCUUUAUGAUGUA